UCAUGUGACCACGAGUCGACGUGUGCAGAAGUCCUGCUAGUCUGGUCCUUGUUCCCGUUUGGGUACCAGCUUCCUUCAGCAGCGGUAGCCGGUGGGGCCAACGGUGGGGAAGGAGGAGUCUACUGGCUGAAAUUUUUCAGGUCUGCUGUUCUGAAAAGGCCAGGAAGAAAAGUGAUCGGAUGAGAAGAUGAGGGAAAUAUUAUGAAGACCCCUGGAGUGGAGAAGUAGUUGUUUUCAAAUAAGAAUAAGUAGAAGAAAAGAAAGGAAGAGGGAAAGAAAGGGAGACACAAGAUGAAACCCUGUCAAAAAAUUGAAGAAAAAACAGAAAAUGAGAAUGAACCAAAAGUUGAAGAAGUACCAAAGCCUGAGGAAAAGCAAGAGGAGGAGGAAAAAACAGAAGAAACUUUUAGAGAAAGACUGAUUCAGUCUCUCCAGGAAUUUAAAGAAGAUAUACACAACAGGCAUUUAAGCAAGGAAGAUGUGUUUAGAAAUGUGAAUGAAACUGAUGAGAUAAGGAGAGUCAGAAACAAACUUACAGUGAUGCGUUGGAAGGUUAAUCGAAACCAUCCUUACCCCUAUUUAAUGUAGUUUACCUUGAUUUCUAUUUUUUCUGAUGUUGACAUUACUUUCUUUUUUUGUUGUCCUGUAUAUCUCUGUCCAUCUUUCUGCUUUUAACUUGUUGCUGUUAGUGGUUUUAGAUGCAUCUCAUUGUUUAUUUCAAACCAAUCUACAAGUCUUUGCCUUUUAAUAGGAGAGCUUUACUCAUUUGUACAAAAAGAGAUUCCUAACAGGAUAUAAAAUGUAAAAAAGUUACUAAGUAAUAUGUGAAUAUCAUAUUUUUGAAAGGGAAAGGUACAUUUGUAUAUUCCAUAUAUACACAGAAGAAUAUGUAAAGGAUGAAAGACAAAAAAUAUAGUCAGUGUAGGAUUAUGAGUGAUUUUUUUAAUUCAGCUUAUUUGUAUUUUUCCUUAUUCCUAGAAUGUACACACGUUAUUGUUAAAAAUAAUAAAAUUUUAUAACAAAAAAAGGAGUAACCAACAGUAGUUAGUAUAUUUCUAAAGGCAUUGAGACAUAAUAUUUAUUAGCAGAAUUUUAGAAGUAAAUGUGAACUCCAAAUUACCACCAGACCUCUUAGCUAGAAAAAUAAAUUUUAUAUCUUUUCUCAUUUGCAGUAUAGAGAUAAUAAUGAUCUUUCUGGGAUCUCAUAAGGACCAAAUAAGGUACUGACUGUGAGCUGUAUUUGACAAGCUUUUAUUCCCAUAUGCCCAUGUAGGAUGCCAAAUCCUAAGAGAUUUGUUUUAGGUAUUUUGGAGGGAGAAGGUUAGUCCUCACCUGUGCUUAAGAAAAAAUCCAGACAGCUGUUAGGUGGGUACCACCUUUGUUUUUCUCUCCUCCUGUGCCUGUCCAACCUUUUAUGCCCCUCCCCUUGAUACUACCACGUGUACUGGAUAUUUCUGCCCCUUCAUUCAGAUUCUGUACCUCUCAGCCCCCUAACACUGCUAAUGUGCUAGAAAUCUCAAAUAGUGAAGCCCAACAUAUUUCUUUGGAACCCGCUUGAUUCUCCAGUCUGAGCUCUACAGAAGUGGGGAGAAUGCCCAUCUCUUCAGUUUAGAUGUUUAUGCAAGGCCACUUGGGCUGUGAUAUCUUACUGAUACCUUGGCAACUUUGGGAUUUGAAUCAAAGAACCCCUCUUCCCUAUAGGACUCAGACACAAUGGGUCUGUUUAGGGGUGGGACCAGAAAAUAAGUCUGAAUAAGAGACAUUAUGCUUUAGUCAGGGUUGCUUCUGAGUCUAAAGAUUGGUUUAUCUUCCUGAGUUUCAUUUCCUUAGGGUGAGUGAUCUCUCCCAAAAACUGGUGGCAGGCCUCCUCACCAACUCAAAAGAUACCCUUAGACUUGUGUAAGUUUUAAAGGGAGGCUCAAGUCAGAUUUUGCAAUAUUCCCAUUCUUUAUUGGAAAUGUAUGAAAGUGCUGGGUAAGACUUACUGUGUAUUUAUAUCUGCAUCCAGAUUUUCAUAACUAUAUGUGUAUCUGUGGAUCACAGUUGUACCAACAGUGUAUUAUUUUUCCUCUGUGAUGCUCAUUUUGGGGGCAGUUAAUCACUUCAGACCAUUC